GAUGAAAGUGAAUGACAAAACACCCGUGAUCGCGAAAAAGUGAGGGAGCGAACGGCUUCUGUCCCCAAAUGCUAGAAUCGUGCAUAAACUAAUGCAAUGUGGUGGACAAGGCCUAAUAGCAAGCUAGCUAACUAUCAACAUUCAGUUCCCUAUGCUAGCUAUAGCUUUUAGCAGUACAGCUUGCUGUAUAACGAUGGCUAGCUAAGAUAACACAAAGCAGACACCUUGCUAGCUAAUGUAAGAUAACACCGUUAUAGACAAAAUAUGAAAUCGAUUAAAAACUACGCUAGCUAGUAACUUUGAGUUUAGGCCGAUCUUUAGCUGCUAGGUAGAUAGCCAUCUAACGUCGUUAGACAAAGCGCAGUAGGCGAACACAUUAGGCAGCUAGCCAGUUAGCGAUGUGCUAGUUUAGUCAUGGAGCCAAGUUUGCUAUCCAGAACAAAUGGAGCAGUGUAUGAAGUGUGGUUAGCCUCAGCUUUUUAUGUAACGUUACAUACCCUAGUUUAUAAGCAAAGCUGUGAAAGUAAAAACUAUGAAGUCCCCUUCUUGUCCAGGGACAGUUGACUAACGUUAACUUGCUAUGGCCAAUGUUAGCAAGAAUAGAUGGAUAAGGAUCAUCUUAUGACAAUGAGCUAGCUAGCCACGCAGCCUGGUGAAGCAAUACAUUACAAGCUAACUAGCUGGAUUGAAUAUUUCGCUAGUAGCUUGUUAGCCAGCCAGCAAGCUGCAGUGCUAUUGUUGACUCCUGAUUAGUGUGUUGUUGUCUAACGUCAAAUGUUUCAUUUUACUGUUGGUAACUUAAGCGUGAACAGACUCCACCAUUACCAGAAAGUAUUGUGCUUGUGGUCAUUACUUCCUUGCCCCAAAUAUGUGGUUUAGCUCAUACACAUGAAGUCUGUAAUCACCUGCACUCAUCUCGAAAUGUUUUUGUAAGCAUGGCUGUAACUAGGGUGCGCCUGACAUUUUAGAAACACUGAUGUUUCUCAUAUUGAAUAAGUGUUUGUAUUUCGCAAUCUGACCAGGUGACUCCGAACAAUAAUGGUAACGUUCGAUACACCCCAGAUAACGCCUUUCAAAAACCAUCUUUUAUAUUAGUCAGAUAUUAAUCCGCUAUACGUUUCAGUUUUAUUGCAACGCAUACUUUGUAAUCGGAAUGUACCAUGCAAUAUAUCAAUAGCCUAUUGGCCUACAAUUUUCUAUGUGAAUUUAGCAUAAUUAUAAGUGGUGCAACGGUAGAAUACGACAUGGUGAAUAUGAUCAGUAUAACUCAUUUGUAUUAUACAAAUACACACAGAAUAAUCUGUUUACUGAGGAAGACCUAUUAUUAAUGCAUUCCAACAGAUAAUAGCAUCUACGUGGUGCCAUGAUAUAAAUAUGAACGUUAAUUCUACCAUGAUGCAUAUAUAUGAGGUAUUUUAAAAUAUUUUUCAUAUCUUCAUAUAUCGUAUAUAAUUGCAUUUGCAUAUCUCAUUAGAACAGACCAUAGACAGCUUCAAGAGAUUACAAAACUCAAGGGGAACAUUUAUCAGUGUAUUCUUAUACCUGUUCUCUUUGGGCCAUUUACUUUUGCUUUAUAUGCACAACUCUAUCUUUUUAUGGAGUUCAUUUAAAAGUACUUGUUGACAGCAUCCAGAAACAUUAAUAUCAUAAAGUGCAACGAGAUAUACCCCAGAGUAAGAUUGUUGUAUGGUAAACAAGCAUAUUCUUUCCCCAGUUUCGCACUGUGGCAGCUCUUUAAAGUUGGCUUUUUUGUUGUUGUAAAAUACCUGGAUGGAAUUACUCUAUAGUGUGUGCAGGAGGGAUUCAAAAGCAUUUCAUAAGCCACAGUGUGUUGGGAUACAGUAUGCCGAUCCUUCUCCAUGGUGGUUGAAACAGGUGACAGGAUCUGUUGUGUAACAGGAGCUUUGGCCUUAGAUGAAGAAUGGAGAGUCUAGGCCUACAGGCUGUGGCUCUUAGUGAUGGCUCCACCGCGUACAUCCAGCAGGCUAUCAAAGAUGGGAGUCUGGUCGAAGGGGACACCGUCCAAUUGGAGGAUGGAACCACUGCGUACAUCCAGCAGGUCACAGUUCAGCAGAAAGAUCCCUUGCCCUUUGAAGAUGGCCAGGCAGUGCAGUUGGAGGAUGGGACCACAGCCUAUAUUCACCACACACCGAAAGAUGGUUACGACCCUAACGCGGUGGAGGCAGUGCAGCUGGAGGAUGGGAGCACGGCCUACAUCCACCACCCCUCAGGGCUGCAUGCGGGCGGCACCAUCCUCACUGUGCAGGCAGGGGGCGCUUUAGAGGAGCUGGCCGGUGACGACCCAGUGGAAAACGACACCAUCUCAACACUGGAGCAGUACGCCAAGAUCGUGGAGUCUGAGGCUGACAUGGAGGAGAUCAACAGCAAUGGACUCCAGAAGAUGGACUCAAGGGUGCAGCACGCCACUGUGCAGGUGAUGUUUGAGGGGAAGUCGUGGGGCUCCUCCAAGGCGUCGCAGGCGGUGGAGAAGAGUUUCCGGUGCGACUUCGAGGGCUGCGGACGCCUGUACACCACUGCCCACCAUCUCAAGGUGCACGAGCGCGCCCACACGGGCGACCGGCCGUACAGGUGCGAGGUGCCGUCCUGCGGGAAGGCCUUCGCCACGGGCUACGGGCUUAAGAGCCACCUGCGCACGCACACGGGGGAGAAGCCCUACAAGUGUCCCGAGGACAUGUGCUACAAGGCCUUCAAGACGUCGGGGGACCUGCAGAAGCACGUCCGCACGCACACGGGGGAGAAGCCCUUUAAGUGCCCGUUCGAAGGCUGCGGGCGCUCUUUCACCACCUCCAACAUACGCAAGGUGCACAUCCGCACCCACACAGGCGAGCGGCCCUACAUGUGCUCCGAGCCGGGCUGCGGGAGGGGCUUCGCCAGCGCCACCAACUACAAGAAUCACAUGAGGAUCCACACCGGCGAGAAGCCGUACGUGUGCACGGUGCCUGGCUGCGGGAAGCGCUUCACCGAGUACUCCAGCCUGUACAAGCACCACGUGGUCCACACGCACUGCAAGCCCUACACCUGCAACCACUGCGGCAAGACCUACCGGCAGACCUCCACGCUGGCCAUGCACAAGCGCACCACGCACGGGGACUUCGAGGCCACCGAGGAGGGUGAGCACGUCCUGACUGAGGAGCUGGAGUCGCUGGACCCUCCCCUAAAACGCUCCAGAGUGGCUUACCUGGAGGGGGCGGACCCCAAGGAGGAGGACACCCAUGUCACCAUGGUGACGGAGGACACCAUCGGCUCCCAGGUGGCCCUGAUCACGCAAGAUCGGCCGCAGCAGGUCAGCCUGUCCCACGAAGAGCUGCAUGUGCUGGGCACAGCCAUCACCAUGGUGACGCAGGACGGCACCACCAUCACUGUGCCCGCCCACCAGGAGGACGUGGACGGCAUGGGGGAGCACACCGUCACUAUGAUCACGGGAGACGGCAAGGAGAUGCAGCCGGUUGCCAUAGUGUCGUCAGAGAGUCUUAUGACUGGAAGCUCACAAAUGUCCAACCCACAUUACCAGCAGGUGGCACUGUUGGCCACUGCCAACGGCACUCAGAUUGCUGUACAGCUGGAGGAGCAGCAGACUCUGGAGGAGGCCAUCAGCAUGGCCACUGCAGCCAUCCAGCAUGGGGUCUCCUCGGAGGCAGGGUGCUGAGGGAGGCCCAUGCACUGCACCCCCAGGAUCUUAUGAACUAUUGACUGGACCCCC